AUGGAUCCCACGACGGAUGCCUCUACGAAAUUGAAGAAAUCCCGCUUCCGGCGCCGUCGUUCGUCCAAAGUAUCUGCCACCUCUCCGGUGGCGGACUCUGAGGGAAUGGCCGAAGAGUCGACCCGCCAGACUGUAAACCUCAGCCGUACGAAAAAAUCGAAGGCAAAGCGUCGUUCCCGCAAUCUUCUCUCGUCGCCGGACAUCGCACAGAGCCCGAGUUCGGAAGAAGCUGCCACAUCGAACGAGUUGGCUUCCGGACCGUCGUCACCGCUACUGGAGUCGAAGCCUGGGUUCAAAAAUGAACCCGGCGAGCGUCAGCCGUCGUCCUUUGCCGACAAGAUCAAAUCAUCGCUGCCAGACCCGACUGCGGCUAGCACCUCUGCGUCGCCACUGGCCGCGAAGUUGGAGACGACUCUGGCGCCACCUGGCAGAGACUCUACGGUAGGUCCGACGGGCUCAACGCGCGGAUCCACGACUACGAAAACUUCGAAGGGUGCUUCCGCGGUUGGUUGCCGACCACCCAGCACCUCAGAUGUCCAGACCGCACUACCAGGAACCUGGGGGAAGCCGGGAACUGGAGCGAUGAGCACUGCAUCGCAGAGGUUUGAAGUGCCAGAAAAAGCGGCAGAGCCACAGCGAGCCCGCGAAGCAGGACCCCCAAGCCAUCUGCAGAGCACCAUACCUGGAGGUACCAAGCAGACCAUUAGGGAUAAAGAGGGCUCUCGCACAGAACCAGAGGGCUUAGGGACGUCCUUGCAUGGCACUCAGGACUGGCAUAUACCAGGUGACAUUGGUGGGGUGGGCAACCCUUCCUCAUCGCAGUCAUCGGCCAGCUCGUCACCGCUUCCAGCCGUGCCCUUCAACCUACGGCCAGCGGUCACCGUGGAUGAGACCGCGAAGCCGAUGCGAACAGUCAUCUCUGCACAGCGAGCAAUAGCGGAGGCCGAAUGGAAGACGGUCGGCGUAGUGUGCCUCGUCAUCGUGCUCUUGCUCGGAGCCGCCACGACAGCCGUGCUGAUGGUGCGGCACACGGUUGGCACGAGGCCGCGCAUAUGCGACAGCGACGACUGUGCGGCGCACGCGCUUUGGUUACGCGGUCUUGUGAACCGCAGCGUCGAUCCGUGCGAAGACUUCGCCGCAUUCACGUGCGCCAUCGCGAAGCCGUCUAUCGGCUUCUUCGGCUCGGCAACCGAUGAAGAACUGCUGGACGCGUGGUUCGCCCGGGUGGGCCCUCUACUGAAGGGAGCUGCGGGACGACUGUCCGCAGCCACCAAAGCGUUUGCCGCCUUCGGAACGUGCAUGGACGAGGACCUGAAAGACGCCGUGACCGCCAUGGGCCUGCUGCGAGACUUCAUGCGCAAGCGCCACAUACUUUGGCCUGAUGCGCCGGAGGACAACGUCUCGCCUCUCGGCGUUCUUCUCGACCUCGCUUUCAACUGGCGGAUGACCUUUUGGAUGCACGUACAGCUGCAACGCAACGUUCUAGGUGACCGCACCGCCAUGCUGCUUAGCGGCGGGAACUUCGUGAAGUUCUGGGCGUACUACCACCGGGCGGUUGUCGCGGACGACGCAUACGAGAACUAUUACAACAGUUUCGCGAGGCUUUUCGCACCCCCUGGCUUCCCAUCGCCUCAGCCGGAAGAAGUAAAGAAGAUGACCGUCAUGAUGACGGAUGUUCUCGAGAAGUUCCUCGCCGUAAGAGAGCGGAAGCGACCCAGCCCGGCCCAGUUCCGCCUGCGAGACAUCGCUUCGUACACACCGAACAUCACUUUCGACACUUGGAAAACGGCGCUCGAAGAAAACGUGAACAUUCCGCCCGAAUUUACCGGCUCAGAUGUGAUCGGCGUUAGCGAUACAGCCGUGCUCACUGCGGUGAAUGAUUUUUUCGUGAGGUACAGUCACGGCGAAAUAUUGCGCCACCUUGGGUGGUGGUUCGUGCAGACGUUCGCGCCCAUGGGAAAUAUGUCUGUGCUCAGCGCAUACAUCAAACGGCGCGCAGACUCCCAUCGGAGGAGUGUGUUUUGCGGAACCGAGGUAGAAUCACUGUACGGAGCACUGAUAAGCUCUCUCUAUGUAGACGCCCUGCUACCGCACAAGAUGCGCAGUGACGUUGGCGCGGUUCUGGACAACGUCAAAAAGACUGCCGUGAAGAAGUUGGCCGCAAUCUCGUGGAGCGACGAAGAAUCGAAGCUCACCGCUCAGGUGAAGAUGGAUCAGACGAAAGUCCGCCUGUGGCCACCUAAGUGGAUGCUGACAUCGUGGGGACUGAACGAGAUGUACGAGGCUUUCGUGUCACGAGGGGACACGUUCGUUGGCUUCUGGCUUGACGGGUUCCGCAAUCUUCGUGAGCUGAAAUCAAGAAUGAAAUAUGACGAGGCGCUCGACUUACCCACCAACUCGCUGCUACCGCUGUUUGACUACGACCGCCUACUGAACACUGUCGUGGUUUCGGUAGCAGCACUUGCCCCUCCGUUGUACUAUGGGCAUGGUACUCCUGCCAUGAUUUACGGGGGCCUGGGGUUCGCGUUCUCGCAGCAGCUCGUCAGGGCCUUCGACAGCGCAGGAAUAAGGAUCGACCCUAACGGUGCCGUGGGGCGGCCGUGGGCGUCGGGCCGCUGGGUGGACGCCAUCAGCAAGAAGGCGCGGUGCGUGCGCCAUCAGGACCCGAAAGCCUCCACCGACGAAGACCUGUUCCCGGAGGAUCCCCGCCCUCGAGGUUGCACACAGUGCCCUGGUUUCCGCGGUUGCCGCGGAACGGUUCUUGCGAACGACGGUUGACCUGAGCGAGGAGCAGGCGUUCUUCAUCGCAAUCUGCCACGCGAUGUGCUAUCCUGCUCGUCGAAUCACUGGCGCCAUAGCCGGUUUCGACUGCAACAAAGCGAUGCGCAACUUUCCUGCGUUCGCUGCCGCCUUCGGAUGCAGAGAAGGUUCCCCGAUGAACCCCGCUCUCAAGUGCUCCUUCUUUCAGUGAGGAAUUCAUGUGCCGGAAUGAAGCCUUUGCAACGGUUGACAAAACUUGAAUUUGCCUGUUUCAUAACAUACGGAACGCUCGAAAGUGCCUUGACUGCUUAUUUCAGAGGGACAUUGAAAGCUUAUUUGCCUGCCAUUGAGGGCAAACUCCGAGAGAUAUAUGACGCCGCAGCCCGUUGUUGUGUAUGGGCUUUGUUUACUUAGAUGCAUUUGAGCGUUUUCGUGGACUCGCAAUGUUCGGCGAAUGGUGUGCUUCACACUAGUAUUGAUUUUGAUGAGGCCGUGCAGUGACUUGCUUCGCAGUCGUCUUGUUCCGUGAAAUACCGUUUUAUGUUAUUGGCCACUAUUUUGGGGGCUACUCGAUGGCCUAUAGUGAUUUACGACUGGUUUAACCACCAUUGCGCCCACGCGCACGUCGGCUAGAGUUAUCAGCAUUGCGCUACCUCAUUAAAGGCGAUAAGCAUGAGCUACCGAGGCAGCAUCUAUACACCUUCGUCGAGUGGCCUUGGAAACACUUCGCAGGGGUGGGUAACUGACGCUCCAUGUGACGACCUGCUUGCUCUUGCGCAGUUUAAUCAGCUUCGCGGUAAUUAAACUCUUGAGUAAAACGUAUUUUUGGAGUAAAGUAAACGGAAACGCACCCCCAUUGUGUAAACUAAAAGUUACUGGAGUCACUACUACGAGUUUCUACUGCGAGUUUCAACUGCGAGCUACUACGAGCCAUUUAAGACUACAGCUGGAUACGCUCUAUCAGAUGUAACGCACGCGCAAGCGAUCUGCCGAAUCUCCGUGACGAUUUCAAGACGCGUGCAGAAAAGACGAGGACCACAACGUAAUCGCUUGGUGCGUUAGUUAUAGCCGCGAUAACACUGUGCCAUUGAUUCGAAGCGCAUUGCGUUCUCUUGAGUUUUGCCCUUUCGUUUCGCCUUUGUCGCGUCUGUGCCUGAGAAAUCAUGUGACAGUGCUUUGGCUAACUGCAAGCACAGCGCAAAAGAUGCCUCUGCAAUCGUCACUUCUUCCUCUUGAGGCGCACCUAUAUAUAGUAGCGCCCCAUUAAGCUUCGAAGAGACCUCUGGUGUUUGCUAGGCCACCACAGCUUAAACGCGCAAGCUUCAAAAGCUAUUUAAGUGAAGGCCGCCGCUCCGACAAACUAGUCAGUUCAUUAAGCUUUGCUCUGAAGCUUUUCACUAACGCCUUUGAUACAAUCUUGCAAUUCAACGCUUUCCGUGUGGUCACUCUGCGGCAGAACUACAGCUUUAUCAGCUGUUCUUGGUGGACCUACACUCGCCUACAAAAUAUAGCGGGGCAUGCAAGUGAGUGGCCGCGCACCCCGGAGCGGCAGCGCAGCCGCGCAGCGAAGCCAACCUGUGCACGCUCAGUGAGCCGCUAUAGAUGAGUUGCUUCAUGUCGUCUGUUUCAUUACGCCGGCCCGCCAACCCUGCGCUAUGAAGUUUAGCGAGGUUUUCGUUAGGUAGCUUACUGUGUUCCUGGUAAACCAGCCGUGCGAUUCUGUGCUGGAUGCCGAAAGGCAGCGGUUUCAGCACGUAAAGCCCAGUACACUGUGUCGCACCCGCCAUGGCAACGGUUGGCCUCCCGCCCUAAGAAAAGGUUCACCCGACGUCGUCGAAGAAGUACUAUUUCUUUCUCUUGCUUCGUGUACGGCAUGUCUCUUUCGAUAUGUGGAAACCAAUUGGCAUCGUGCCUCGAAAACUUGUAUGAACAUGCAAUU